AUGCACCCGCAGUGUCCAUAUGAGCAUCAUUUCCAGACCUUUGGCCAGGGCAAGCUGUCCCCCAGCGCGGGACCCUAUGUCGAGCAGUACGGGGAGUGGCUCAGAGGAGCCCCCUCCGGAGGAUCGCGCCUCCUCCUCGAACGAUCCCUCGUGGUGAUGACCGGCUUGGAGUCAGCGCUUCUGAUUGCGGAGGCCUUGACCGGGCAACUCCCCUCGGCAUUUGCCCAGUCAGAAAAGCUCACAUCUACAGAGAUGUCGUUCCCUCAGAACAACAACGGCCUUCCCGGCGGCUCUACUCCCAUCAGCGGCGGAGGCAUGGGCACGGAGGCGUCCUCAGCCCUCGCUCCUGCCUCGCAGGGUCCCCCCGCUGGACAGAACUCUGCGAACAAGUCUGCCCGCACCAUUCGGGUGGGGAUGGGCGAAACUGAGUCGUGGAUGGACGAGCAGUUCAUCAAGUCCCUUUACCAGAACCAGACUGGCGACAACGUCAACUUCAAGAUCAACCUUGGUGGCUGGAGAGGAGAGCUUCAUUCUUGGAUGGACGAGCAGUUCAUCAAGACAAGCCAUUUCCAGGAUGACUACGACAAGCCCAUCAAGACCGUGCGCCCGAGGCAAACCGGAGGCUUCACCAACAUCAUAUCCAUCACCGGAUGUGCCGGACUCAGAGGUGCCAAGGCCCUGAUGGCCACGUCAGAGGACGAAAUUUGUGGUAUACAAGACCGUAGCCGCGAGUUGCUGGCAAAAUCGGUCUUCCUUGCCUACCGGCUUGCUUUUAUCACCAUAUCGAACACAAAAGAUGAGGUCCACGGGCAGGAAGACCGACAGCUGAACUACUACCAGACGCUGACUGACAUAGUUCACCCAACCAACGACCGCAGGGUCGACGAUGAGCCCAACUCCGAUGACGACACUCACGAUUUGCCUGAUGCUGUCGCUGAUGCCGGAUCCGUGCUAGCUGUCCAGGAGUGGACUCGGAGGAGACCUAAAUGGCGCCAAAGGUCACCGAAGCCUGAGAGGACAACGACAAAUAGUGCUGCCCGCUCCGGAGGGAGCGAGUUCGUAGCUACCGACGUCAGCCUCCCCUCGAAGGACCUGGCGGAUCAUGAUGAGCCGACAUCAUUGCCGCAGCUGGCCAUUCUCGAUGACCUAGCUUAUGCAUUCUAUGCGUCCCACGGCGCGGGCGACCCGGGCACGGAGGUGCCGCAGAAGGUCGUCGACAGAAUGCGUGCCCUGCGCCCAGAGAUGUGCGCCCAGCUCGGCUACGAUGCAGAUGAGCACUAUGCUCAGAUGCACCGCGCUGGCUUGGCCAGGUUCCAGAUGCUCCUCUCCUAUCUUCCUCAAGAACUGGUCGGCGAGGACGCAUUCUUCGUUUCCGAGAUCGACAAGAAGCUGGACCAGGACGCGGCCGUGGCAGAUGAGGGGCACGAGAGGCUCAUCACCGAGAUCUAA